AUGCAACUCUCCAAGUUUACCGCUCUUGCUCUGGCCAUCUCCCUGGGCCAAGCAAACGCUGCUCUUAGCAACAGUACAGAAUGCGCCGAUGUCCACUUCAUGCUGGCUCGCGGGACAACAGAAUCCUACCCAGGAACAACUUAUUCCCUGGCCGAGCUGGUUUCCGAAAGCUUGACCGUCACUAAUAACUACGAAAGCAUCAUCUAUCCUGCUGUCAGCGAGACGGCGUCUAAUAGCUACUUCAUCGGCAGAGCCGCGGUUGGCACCCAGGUCAACCGCUAUGCUGCCGCCUGCCCAGACUCCCGAAUUGUGCUCCUCUCUUACUCCCAGGGCGCCAUGAUCGUGGGCGAUGCUCUUGCUGGAGGAGGUGGCAACUCGGUUCUCGGCAAUGCCACAGAGCCAUUGAUAUCGGAAGAGGUUUCGAAGCACAUCGCGGUGAACGUCUUCUACGGCAACCCACGCCAUGUUCCCUACGAGCCGUACGACUUUGGACAUAAUGCUACGGCUGUUACUGGAAAAUAUCCCCGCCUACAAUCCCAGAUCGACGAUCUGAACGAGAGAUACACCGAUGUCAUUGGUGAUUGGUGCAAUAAUGGUGAUAGUGUCUGCUCCCCAUCGGAGGGAGCUGAUGCUCUUGCUCUUCAUACGGCCUAUGCAACGGACUAUGAUACUAUUGCUGCGGCGUGGGUGCUUGCCAAGCUGCGUGAUGAAUAG